GCAGAGGAAAGAGAAGACACGCUUUAAGGGACCCUCAGAGACCGGCAGGGAGAAGGGUGCCUUGCGUUCCCGACAGGACACCAAUGCCAGCAGCGGUGCAGAGGGUGACGUGUCUUCAGAGAGAGAGACCUAGUUCUCCUGGUUGGCGAGACCACACUGGAACGUCACAGAAACAACACGCAUGGACGUGCUAGCCGGGCAAGGGAUGUCUCUGGCGGGUAUCCGACAACGGAGUCGUCCGGUGACCCAUAAGAAGGUGAAAGCGAGGAGGAAAAGGCGUAAGGAGUUUCUUCUGAUCCAGAUAUGUUUGUUCGCCGGCUUGCUUGUCGUCGUCAAGGGAUGCUACUUCCUGGCAGGUGAUUCAGGUGUUGUGUCCAGCCACAGCACCGAUGCGCAGCAGCGAUGGAAGGCACGCAGGCUGCUGCAGGACACGGACAACAGCAGCUCAGCAGACACGGCGAUGGAAAGGAAUUGCACUUCUCCAGCUUUGCACGAGUUCCCCUCAGACGUGUUCACUAACCAAGAGAGAACAGAAGGAGCGGUGGCCUUGCAUGUCCUGUGUACCAUUUACAUGUUCUGUGCUCUAGCUUUGGUCUGUGAUGACUACUUUGUCCCCUCCCUGGAGAAGAUAUGUGAGCGUCUACAGCUUAGUGAGGAUGUGGCAGGUGCAACCUUCAUGGCCGCUGGCAGCUCAGCUCCCGAGCUCUUCACGUCCAUCAUAGGGGUGUUCAUUACCAAAGGUGAUGUUGGUGUGGGGACCAUCGUGGGCUCCGCCGUCUUCAACAUACUCUGCAUUAUUGGUGUGUGCGGCUUCUUUGCGGGACAGGCUGUGAAGCUCUCUCACUGGGCCCUCCUUCGAGAUUCUGUGUACUAUACCUUUUCUGUUAUCACCCUCAUUGCGUUCAUCUACGAUGAGAAGGUGUGCUGGUGGGAGUCUCUCGUCCUGGUUCUGAUGUACGCCAUCUACAUCCUCAUCAUGAAGUUUAACAGCAGGGUUCAGUGUUACCUCAGCCACCGUACGAAGAGCUCUGUGAAGCUGGUCAAUGGCUUAGCAGGAAGCACUGACCUGGCAGAUGUGACUUGUGAUGCGACAGCAGUCCUGCUCAAGACGGCUAACUUCCAACGCACGCCGUCUGUGCUGAUGGUGGAUGAGCUUCUGUCCGCAUACCCGCACCAACUGACUUUCUCCGAAGCUGGCAUGAGGAUCAUGAUCACCAGCCAUUUCAUGCCGAGGACCCGCCUCACCAUGGCAUCCCGGAUGCUUAUCAAUGAGAGACAAAGACUGAUCAACACCACAGAGACUCGAGUCAACUGCAUCACCAACGGUGACUCUGAUUCGGCAGCCCAAGGAAGGUGGGGCUUGGAGAACGGGGUCAGCAGCGCCGAGCCAGGGCUUAACGGGAGGUGCGCACUCAAGCGACUGGCAAUGGAAAAUGAAACCAAGGGUAAUGAGAACAAUGAGAAUGACGGAGGAGGAGAGGGAGAUGAUUGGAACGAAGGACCGCUGGUGCCUUUCAGAGCUCCAGCGGGUGUGUGCAACAAGCUAAAGUGGUUAACCAUGUGGCCAUUGUCCUUGCUUCUGUUCUUCACCGUGCCCAACUGUGCCGAACGCCGCUGGGAGAACUGGUUUUUGGUUUCCUUCUUCACUGCGACCGUCUGGAUUGCUGGUCUCUCCUACAUCAUGGUCUGGAUGGUGACUGUGAUUGGCUUUACUCUUGGCAUCCCUGAUGUCAUCAUGGGCAUCACCUUCCUGGCAGCAGGCACCAGUGUCCCGGACUGCAUGGCCAGUGUUAUAGUUGCUCGUCAGGGUCUGGGAGACAUGGCCAUCUCCAACUCCAUAGGCAGCAAUGUGUUCGACAUCCUGGUGGGUCUGGGCCUGCCCUGGGCACUGCAAACACUCUGCAUCGACUACGGCUCCAACGUCCAUCUGAACAGCAGGGGACUCAUCUUCUCUGUUGGACUCCUACUGGCCUCAGUCUUCUUGGCAGUCCUGGGAGUCCAUUUGAACAAGUGGACUCUGGACUGGAAAUUGGGCCUGGUGUGCCUGGUGAUGUACGCCGUCUUUCUCUCUUUCUCUAUCCUCAUCGAGUUCAACGUCUUCAUCUUUGUCAACCUUCCCAUGUGCCAAGACAUCCACUGACAUGCCGGCUUUCACUCCUCUGUGGAAGGGAGGAGGGAACCUCACCCUGCUUUCUUUGUCUUGCCGCCGUCAGACGAAGUCACACCUUCUCCUCUGAGGAAGACUGUGUUGCAAGGCAUUUAUGGAUGAUGUCAUGCAUGCCGAAGAGGACAAGGACUUUUGGGGGAACUGCACAGGGAGCGUAAAAAGCAGCAGAGAUUACUUAUUUUAAUUGCACCAAAGGUUUGGCAGAACUGGACUUAACUGUUCUUGUGUUGGUGAAGAAGCUCGACUGGACCUGAACUGAUAUUUCCCAGUCUGGAUUCUUACUCUUUUGAACAGGUUUGAUAUUUCCAUCCACACAUGCACAUGAAAGCACCUCAUUAGGCAUUGCUGGAUACAAAACAUGUCUCUGGAUGCAUUCCAAGCAAAAGUAGCAGGGAUACUCUUAUGCACAGACUGAUAGGUACACAUUUUGGUAUCGGUCCGACACCAAGUAAAUACAAGGCCAGUAUUGCAGGUACCGAUAAUGAUACUUUUUACUGAAACAUUUUCAAGAUCAUUGAGUGAUUUUGCCUUUUAAUUUGUUGAUCAUAAUUCCAUUUUUAAUACAACGCAGGACAAAGAUUUUAGGCAAAGGGUAAAUAUUUUUUAGCAACGAACCUUGUUGGUGAACAAUAAAGCAAUGCAGUGGAUCCCAGCACAGUCGCAAUUUCAGGUUUUGUGACCCCCACAAAUUUGCGGGUUUUUGAUCCAAAUGUUUUUCCGAAAAUAACCUGUUUUUAAAUGAAUCCAUUCAUUUAUAUUUUUAUUAUGUUUAUUAUUAUUAUAGUUAUGUAUUGCUUGUUAUUUAUUAUUAUUAUUAUUGUUAUUAUUUGAUUAUUUAUUUCGGGGGUGUCAAAGUCGUUUUCUUUGAGGGCCACAUCACAGUUACGGCUGACACUUGUAGAUGUCAAUAUCCUGUGUAUAUACAGUCAAACCUGUCAUAGCGGCCACCUUUAUAGAACGGCCACCUGCCUAUAGCAGCCACUGAAAAAUCCCCCCCAGCAAAUGUACAUGUUAUAGACCCUGUGUAUAGCAGUCACCUGUCCAACGCGGCCAGCGGCCACCCAUUUUGUCUCCCUUGGUCAAUAUCUGACCGCAUAUAGCGGCCAAAUUACCAACUCAAGUAGAAGCUUCAUGCACGAAAAAGUUUUGUUUUUCAGUCAAUGAAGCCGUCGUGUGUAGACUUUAAUUACUGAGUCCUAGCUCAGUCACAAUCAUUCACAAGAUCCACACAAACUGUCAGUUGUUCCACAUAAAAAAGCCGUCUUCUUUUGAGCUUGCUAUUUCCUGGUCAAACAUGUAACUUUAAGAGCAUUUGCACCAAAACAUUACCGCAAAGUAGGCUGGGAACAGGACGUGCUCCCAGCGACGCUACAAUACAAUAUAAUACUGCCUGCACGCUAAAACCACAAUAUGUUUUUAAAAAGCAGCGGGAGCAAAACUGAGUUGGGUUGUACUUAAUUGAAGUAUUUUAGAAUGUACUCACGUUAUUUUUGAUCAAUCCUCAUCCACAAAUCCAUCAAAGUCCUCAUCUUCUGUAUUCGACACAAACAAAGCCGUCUUCUUUUCCGUUCGCUACUAGUCUGUUAACUUGUCAGUGUUAUUCAGCUCCGAAGCAAAGAAGGAAACUUCUCCUGUUGCUUCUGCCAACUUUAUUUAUUGAACGCGGCCACCAGACAGCAGCUCAGAACACACACACAUCUCUCAGCAUCGUCUCUCCUUCCUGCUUGCCCACAAGGCAAAGGUUAAACAAGCCCCACUACAUAGCUGUCCAGCCAAUGCCUGUAAGAAAUGACACCGUUUAUUUCCUGGUGUGCACUGGUCAAUACUGUAAUGCCGCUUGUUGUGGGGAAGGAGAGACUCACGUCGCCGAUGCACUUUAAUGGCUUUAUUAACAGCGGAGAACACUGCAGGACUUUACAUCCACGCCAACAUAAACACACUUCCCAACUCUCUCCAAACUCACAGCUAGCACUGAGCUUAGCUCUCCUGCUCGGGACGCCCACCGUCACUUCCCGUCACUUCCUGAUGAACUAAAGCUGUAAUGACACUCUGCCGUAUAAAAAGUAAAAUAUAAAAAACAAGCGUAAGACAUUACUAGCACAGCUUUGUUCUGUGGGUGGUGGAUAUAUUCUAUCAGUUAUUAUUAAGCCUCUAGCUUCCUUUUAGUAAGUAAAAACCUUGGCUAUGAUUGCACUACAUUGUCAUGUAGACCUACAAAGUACACUUGGAAGAACAAGAGGUGAAUAAAUGUAUUGCAACUGAUGUGAAACUGAUGAGGGGUAGGAUUAAAUAAGCUUUGCUUCUUCCUACUUCUUUUUGGACAUGCAAAAUUGUGAAUUGUACUAUGUGAUGUGCUACUGUUUGACUCAUAUGCAUGUUCAGGAUUAAAACCAUGAACCAUGAUAAUAACAAGCCAAGUAGUGCUGUACAACUUUUAUCCGCAGUCCGCAGUGCCCUCUACUGGUUAACAUAACCUGGAUUGUAUCACGGGCGAACAAUGGCAAUUGAAGAGAGAAGGGGAGGGAGUGAUGUAAUAAUGACAUCUACCCCUAUUAGUUGGCCAUUCAUUGUCAGUGAUAAUGUUUUACUUGAGCACAGUUUGGUGGUCUCUCCCUGGUUCAUGUGAAGACAUAGCGUGCACUACGAGGCACAGCACAGCUCCAGCUUUGCACUUUGCAUGUGUGUUGAAUAUUCAUAUGUACUGUGGCGUCACAUUGGAUGAACUCUACGUGUACAGCAACUGGCAUCUCAUGCUGGCACGUUAGUCACCGGAUGUUCGUUAUUCUGUCGCUGGCAGCAUAAACUGGAACGGUGUUGCGCCUUAUUGUGUAAAAUUGCAGCCGUUUCUUUUUCUGUUACGUGAAACAACAGUUUCAGGAGUCCCUCUAGGUGUCGCUAAUGUUAUACAGAUGAGGCAAUUGAUUCACACGUUUUCAAAUGACCAGAAUGAUUAUUAUUUUAACAUUAUCAGAUGAGAUUCUUUUCUUGGUCAUAGUUGUAGAAAAAAAAGCUGCUAAGUUAAAACGCUGCUCUAAAUAGUAAUAAUAAUAUAUCAUGAAAUACAAAUGUGUCAUUAAUUGUAAUAACAAUCAUUGUAAUCAAUUGUAGUAAUGAUAACUGAUGGUAACUUACCUAGGUAGCGGUUUGGCCGAUGCGGCUAUGAAUCCAGCAGGGGGCGCCAUUGCACGAGUCAAUCUACUCAACAUUUUCCAGCAGGAAGAUGCUCUGACAAGGCGUGAUGUUGUGUAACUGCACGCUUUGUUAGUACAACACUGCGUAUUGUAUGCCUGUAAUUGUUUCCUAAUGUGUAAAACUGAAUUAUGCCGCUUAGAGUGUCAAACAUGUUAUAAAAUAUAUGAAUGGCAGCUUUUCACCAUUCACAGGGAUCUGCUGUACGUCCUCAUUGUGAACCGGUGCGGCCAAAUUCAGAUUUGCUCUGGUCGUCUUUGAGAGAAGACGCGCAUGCUUCUGUUUUCAAUUCUGUUGAUUUUGUGUUAUUUCUAUGCAUUUCCUAAAUGCAAAGGCACUGUUGUGGUUAAUGUGUACAUUUCAAAGGGAGGUGCUGUGAUAAUAAGAAGCAGCUAAGCUAUAUUUUCCGUGUUUUCAAUGCAGUUCUACAGUUAUAGUUACAUGUUGUUAAAGCUCAUUGUAGUUCCACACUUUGGUGGCACACGUUUAUAACCAGAGUGACAAGAUCCAAAAGUCUUCCUGCAAUAAACAGAGUUGCAUACACUUGAACCACUGAAGUUGGGUUUUAUUGAAUGUUACUUGCAGUUCUUUGUGAAGAAAGACCUCUGACAAUCAAGCAUGGGAAUUUGACAUUUCUUACAAGAAGGAAGUUUUUUCAUAAUUUUGAAAAUAUUAAAAAUAAACAAUGUUUCAAGCUUGGCAUUUAUGUGUGGAG